AUGAAAUUUCGUGAUUACUACGUUCUCAAUGGAAAUAAAUUCUGGAUUACAAAUGGACCAGAUGCAGAUGUACUUGUCGUUUAUGCAAAAACAAAUCCAACCAGUGAAAAACCUCAACAUGGUAUAUCGGCAUUUAUCGUUGAAAAGGGCAUGGAAGGCUUUUCGAGCGGAAAAAAACUUGAUAAAAUGGGUAUGCGUGGAUCCAAUACAUGUGAACUUAUAUUUGAAGAUUGUAAAAUUCCAGCUAAAAAUUUACUUGGUCAAGUAAAUCGUGGUGUUUAUGUACUGAUGAGUGGCUUAGAUUUUGAACGUCUUGUACUCGCAGCUGGCCCUGUUGGUUUAAUGCAAGCUUGUUGUGAUAUUACAUUUGAUUAUGCUCAUUCUCGCAAACAAUUUGGCAAUCCAAUUGGUACAUAUCAAUUAAUCCAAGCCAAAAUGGCUGAUAUGUAUACAACAUUAAAUGCUUGCCGUUCUUAUUUGUAUACAACAGCACGAGCUGUCGAUAAAAAUAUUACAAGUAAAAAGGAUUGCGCUGGUGUUAUAUUAUAUUGUGCUGAAAAAGCUACACAAUUGUGUCUUGAUGGUAUACAAGUACUUGGUGGCAACGGAUAUAUUAAUGAUUAUCCAACAAGUCGUCUUUUGCGCGACGCUAAAUUGUACGAAAUCGGUGCUGGUACAAGUGAAGUUCGACGACUUCUUAUUGGACGUGCCAUUAAUGGAGAAUACGGCAUAAAAUCAUAA